AUGGGUCAAUACACAUUCACUUGGGACCACCCCGCCCAAGAAGUCUACGUGACGGGUGACUUCGAUAACUGGUCUAAGUCUGUCAAGCUAGAGAAGACUGGUGACUCUUUCCGCAAGACCAUCACUCUUCCUGGCGAGGAGAGCAGAAUCCACUACAAGGAAACAGAUGCCUCGGGCAACGUUAACAAUGUCGUCGAAGCCAGAGAGCUGAGCCCCGAGCCCGAAGACCGACCAUCCCACACAUUCAUCUCUUCGUCAGCACAUCCUCAAUCAACCACCGCUGCUCUUGCUGGCCAGGAGACUCCCGGCUUCGAGGAUCUGCCCGGCCAAUUCCCCAUUACACCUAUGGCUGACCUCAAUCAGUUCACUGUUAACCCCAUCCCUGCUACUGAGGGCCCUUCCAACCCCGUCAAGCUCCCCGCUGGCGAGCCUGUUCCCCACCCGAGCACUCUGACAUCCAACACCAUCCAAUCUACUGUACGCGAUGAUCCCGAGCUGAAGAAGGCCGCUACAUCUACCGACGGUGCUAACGAGUCUCGUGAGCGUGAGCUUAACGAGAACGAUCUUCCUGGCGCCUACGCACCAUCCACCGCCGAAGAAGAGAAGGAGGACACCCACGCUUUUGGCGUCAACCCCAUUCCUGCCACUGCUGGUAUCGGCAACCCUAUUAAGCUUCCUGCUGGCGAGCCUGUUCCUCACCCCAGCAAGAUCACCUCCAACACUGUCCAGUCGACUGUUCGCGACGGCUCUCAGUACGGUGUUAGCGACACCGGUGCUCCCGUCCUUCCUCCUGUCCUUGAUCGUCAGAGCGAGGCCGAGGCUAACGGUGCUUCCAUGUUCAACUUGCCUCCUAUCGGCGGCAACAUGAUUCCUGAGUCUAGCCUGCCUAUGGGUGAUGACAACACCGGCCGUCUGCCCGACUUCGAAAACGCUUUCACCUCUUCUCUUGCUGGACAGGUUCCCCUUGAACCUCGUGGUGCCCGUGGCGUGCCUGGAGUCGUUUCCGAAAGCCAGGAGGCCGCACACGUCAGCCCUGAGGCUGCUGCCAACCCCGAGGCUGUUCGUGAGAAGGCUGCCGUCGAAAAUGAGUUGAAGCAGACAGUCUCCGCAGAAAACGAGAACGAUAACGCUUUCGUCGAACGUAGCCCCGUUGCUGAUGCUGCUUCAAGCGUGUCACAGGCUGCCUCCAACACUGCUUCAAGCGUGUCGCAAACCGCUUCCAACGCCACCCAGGCUGUUUCUGACUCUCACGUUCCCGAGGCCGUCGCUGGUGGUCUCGCCGCUGCUGGCGCUACCGCUAUUGGUGCUGCUCUUCUCGCCAAGGACAAGCUCUCCGAGGCCUACCAGCAUGCCACUGAGCCUACUCCCGCAUCUAAGGAGGUCCCUGACGUCGUCACCGAGAGCCAGGAGCGUGCUCGCGCCGAGCCGGAAGCCUCUGCUUCGUCUGAAGCCGUUCGUGAGAAGGCCGCCUUCGAGGAUGAGUUGAGACAUGCCGUUCCCGAAGCCCCUGCCACCUCUGAGUCUGGUGUGCUAGGUACCAGCGAAGGUGGUCUCGCUGGCAAGAUCGCCGCUGGUACUGCCGCUGUUGGCACUGCUGCCGCUGGUCUUGCAUACGCUGCUAGAGAUAAGGCUACUGACGCCUACGAAAACGCUGGUGCGCCUUUGUCCAACCUCACCAAGGAGCCCACCAUUGACGGUUCUGUUCCCGAGGUCGUCACUGAAAGCCAAGAGCGUGCUCACGCAGACCCCGAGGCAUCUGCCUCCCCUGAGGUCGUCCGCGAGAAGACUGCCAUGGAGGGUGAGCUUCUCUCUGAGGUUUCUAAGGCCCCUGCAACUUCCGAGUCUGGCGCCUUUGGCAGGAGCGAGCAGGGUAUUGCUGAGAAGGCCACUGCCGGUGCAGCUGCCGCCUCCGCUGCCGUGUCCACCCAGGCAAACAAGGCCUACGAUUCAGUCGGUCUGCCCACUAGAGGCACAACCGAAUUGGAAUCUGGCUCCGAACAGGUCCCUGAAGUUGUGCAAGAGAGCCAAGAGAGAGCUCAUGUCGAGCCCGAGGCUUCUGCCAACUCCGAAGCUGUCCAUGAAAAACAUGACAUGGAGAGCGAGCUCCUCUCUCAAGUCAACAAGGCACCUGCCACUUCCGAGUCUGGUGCUCUUGGUAACAGCGAGCAAGGUAUCACCGGCAAGGCUGCUGCUGGUAUCGCUGCUGGCGCUGCAGCUAUUGGUGCAACUGCCGCAGGUGCUGCUUACGCCGCUCGUGACAAGGCCGCCGAUUUGACCGGCAGAGACCUGAACACCACCGAAAAGUCAACAUCAUUCGAGUCUGGUUCUCAGCAGGUUCCCGAGGUCGUUCACGAGAGUCAGGAAAGAGCCCACGUUGGACCUGAAGCUUCCGCCAACGCUGAGGCUGUCCACGAGAAGUCCGACAUGGAGAAGGAGCUUCUGUCUCAUGUUCACAAGGCACCUGCCACUUCCGAGUCUGGUGUUCUCGGCAACAGUGAACAAGGAGUCACUGGCAGAGCCGCUGCCGGCCUUACUGCUGGUGCUGCUGCUAUCGGUGCAACUGCCGUAGGCGCUGCCUACGCUGCCCGUGACAAGGCUUCUGACCUGACUGGCAGAGAUCUCAGCACUACUGAGAGAUCGACUGGACUGGAUUCCGCAUCGGAGGUUCCUGAAGUCGUCCACGAGAGCCAGGACAGAGCUCACGUUGAGCCUGAGGCUUCGGCUAACGCUGAGGCUGUUCACGAGAAGUCUGACAUGGAAAAGGAGCUUCUGUCUCAUGUUCACAAGGCACCUGCCACAUCUGAGUCCGGUGCUCUCGGCAACAGCGAGCAAGGACUGACUGGCAAGGCCACUGCUGGUAUUGCUGCUGGCACUGCUGCACUAGGUGCUACUGCUGCUGGGGCCGCCUAUGCUGCUCGCGACAAGACUGUCGAGGCUACUGGCAGAGACCCUACCUCUUUCCUUCCUCCAUCAGUCGCUGAUGCAAUCAACAACAUGAAUCAGGGUCUUCCUUCGACGAACACUUCGCUUGCCUCGCCUAACCUUCACUCAUCAGUUCCAGAAGCUGUUGUGGAUUCUCAACACCAGGCUCAUGUCGCACCUGAAGCAUCUGCUGAGCCCACCGCUGUUUCCGAGAAGAGCGAGGUUGAGAGAGAAUUGCUGAACCGUGUGCCUCGCACCAACGAGGCUGGCCAGCCUGCGCCUACCGAGACUGCUGCAUUGAGCGCUGUUGCACCUGUCAAGCCUACUGAGCCUUCUGACAUGGAGUCAGCCGUUCUUGCUGCUGGUGGCGGCUCCGCUGCUACUGGUAUUACUGCUGUCAGCGGUAUUCCACCUGUCGAUGCUCCUCCUGUCUCUUACUCGACUACUGUCCCUGAAACCCAUACCUCUGGCCUCAGCGAGCAGCCCCGUGACCUGACUGGCGGUCACAGCGCUAUGCCCACUUCUGUGCAGUCUGCCACUACCAGUGCUGGAGCCUUCACAGAGAACAAUGGCCUUUCUGGUGCUACAACUAGCGCGCACCCCAUCUAUAAUGAGAUAACAUCCGCCAAUGCACGUAGCACUGGCCUGAAUGCUCCUGCCGACAGUCAAGCUCAGAUUCCUGCUCCUCUUGAGACUGAGAAACCUGCUGCUGCCACUAGCGCGCAUCCCAUCUAUAACGAGAUAACAUCCGCAAAGGCAAAGGGCACCGGCUUGGACGCUCCUGCCGAGUCUGAAACGCUUGCUGCUCCUACCCUCGCUGCCCCUACCGAGCAAUCACGCGACGUCUCACCCAUGACUCGUCCUGAUUCUUCGAAGCAGACAGAGCCUCAAGUCACUACCGGUGCCGAAACCCACAAUGUACCUGCCACCAGCGGCAGCACACCCACCACUCCUCAGAGAAACGCUACCAAGAGAUCUAGUCAAUUCGGAUCCCUUCGUGGCACACCCAAGAGCGACCGCACUAGCAUCGCCGGAUCAUCCAAGGUGGAUGAGGAUGGCAAGCCCAAGAAGAAGGGUUUCCUCGCCAAGCUUAAGGAGAAGUUCCGAGGAUAG